AUGGAUGACUUGAAACAGAAGAAAGACAUCAAUCAUGUCGAGCGAGUGCUUUCCCCAGGUGACAAGGAUGACAUGGACUACUCUCGUGUCGACAAGGAGCUCCAGGAGUACGCAGGCCGCGGUCGGGUGGAGAUCGACGAGGCCACCAACCGACGACUCCGGCGCAUGAUCGAUCGCCGUGUCUUAGUGAUCAUGAUCCUGACAUAUUUCUUGCAAGCCCUGGACAAAGGAACCAUGUCCUUUGCAUCCAUCAUGGGUAUUCGCGAGGAUACAGGCCUACAUGAUCAACAGUACCCUUGGCUGACGACCUGUAUCUACAUUGCUGUCCUGGUGGUAGAGUACCCAACGAACUGGACAAUCCAACGAGUACCCAUCGCCAAAUAUCUCGGCACCAGUAUCAUUCUUUGGGGCGCUGUUCUAGCGAUCCAUGCAGCUUGCCACAACUUCGCCGGCCUGAUUGCCGUACGAACCUUGCUAGGUAUCUUCGAGGCUGUUUGUCAGCCAGCAUUUGUGGUUUUGUCGGGAAUGUGGUAUAAGAGAGAGGAGCAGGCUGCCACAGUCACAUACUGGUACAUGAUGAACGGAGGCCAACAGAUAGUGGGUGGUCUCUUAGCCUAUUGUUUCAGUUUGCUUAAGAACAAGGCUAUCCACUCGUGGCAGGCGCUGUUCAUUACGUACGGGUGUCUUUCCGUACUCUGGGGCCUCUUCGUCAUCUGGUGGAUGCCCGACUCACCCAUGCGAGCCAAGUGCUUCAGCGAAGAAGACAAGCAUCUGAUGGUGGAGCGUGUCCGCAGCAACCAGACAGGUCUUCAAAAUAAGGAGUUCCGCAGAUAUCAGAUGUGGGAAGCCUUCCGUGACCCCCAGACGUGGUGUUACUGUGCCAUCCAGGUCUUCACUACGCUUCCCACCAGUGGUCUGGGCGCGUUUGCAAACAUCAUUAUCACUGGUUUCCACUUCACUGUGCUUCAAACGCAAUUAUUGGCGAUGGUACUGGGCUUCUAUAUCAUCAUUGUCCUUCUCUCAUCCGCAUACCUUGUGAAGAAGACUAACCAAAAUCUGCUCGUCAUGCUGGGCUUCAUCAUCCCGUCCUUCAUUGGAACCAUUGUCCUCAUGACUGUCGAAAACAGAAAUAUAGGGACAAAGGUCGGCCUCCUCAUCAGUUACUACAUCACUCUCUCCUUCUGGUCCGCCCAGGGUCUCGGUCUCUCGAUGGUCUCUCGAAACAUUGCAGGAGCGACCAAGAAGUCGACCGUAGUCGCAGCCACUUUUGUCUCCUGGGCAGUCGGCAACGCCAUCGGCCCGCAAGUCUUCCUCGACCGCGACAAGCCCCGUUACUUCAUUGCCUUCGGUGUCCACCUAGGCUGUUACUCCGCCAUGACUGUUGCAGUGAUCUUCCUCCGCUUCUAUCUGAUGGCGCAGAAUAAGAAGAAGGAUCGUAUGUUGCGGGAGGCUGGGAUUGACCCUGCAGCUGAUAAUCUUAAUCAUGCUUUUGAGGAUCGAACGGAUCAGGAGAAUCUUCACUUUAGAUAUAUCUAUUAG